AUGGGUAACUGCGUUAAGGAAGAUAGCAUGAGUGACAAGGAUGAGCUUCAUGUUUCUGAAGCCUCCGUGUACAUUGAGAAGGAAAAACUUUUUCGGAAGGUGGAUCUUCAUAUCCUUCCGCUGAUGGUGGUCACUUACGGAUUGCAAUUUAUGGAUAAACUGGCUUUGGGUCAGUCUUCCGUUUUCGGUCUGAAAAAAGAUUUGGGUCUAGUGGGCCAAGAUUACUCAUGGACGUCGUCGAUCUUCUAUUUUGGUUAUAUGCUUGGAAAUUUGGUGAGUGUCAGAGUCCUUCAAAUAGUUCCAAUUGCAAAGUUUGUCUCAGUCUCGGUCUGUCUGUGGGGAAUCACGCUAGCUUGCUCGGGAGCUUGUCAAAACUAUGCUGGAAUUCUUGCUGCCAGAUUCUUCCUAGGUCUUCUUGAGAGUGUUGUGAGUCCUUCAUUUAUGUUGAUUACGGGUAUGUGGUGGAAGCCAGAACAACAAUCUGCCAGAUCGGGAAUCUGGUUUGCCGGUAACGAUGCCGGUGCAAUCGUUGGAUCUUUCCUGUCGUUUGGUCUGGGUCACAUUACUGGAAAGCUAUCUCCAUGGAGAUACAUUUUUAUCGUUUACGGGUGCAUCACAUUUGUGUGGAGUUUCGCUCUCUUCUUCUUCCUCCCAGAUUCUCCGUCUAAGGCCAGCUUUCUCACGGAAGCGGAGAAACAAUUCUAUGCUGAGAAUAUGAAAAACCAGAAGGUGGAGAAUGACUGGAGUUGGGACGAGCUGUUCUCUUGUGCAAAGGACAUCAAUUUGUGGCUUCUGCUUGGAUCCGUUGUGCUUUCUAUCUUGCCGAAUAGUGGAGUUCAGAGCUAUGGAAAUAUUAUCUUGCACAACUUCGGAUUCAGCGCCAUAAAUACGACGUUGCUCAAUUUGCCGGGCUCUGUAAUUGCUUGGACGGCUAUCACCGGAUCUGGAGUCAUUGCCAGCAAAAGGAAAGGGCUCAGAUGUGUGACGAUUUCUGUGUGUUGCAUGUUUGGAAUCAUCGGAGGAUGUCUCAUUUACAAGGGUCCAAAUCUGGGAGCCAAAUUGACUGGAUUCUAUUUUGUCUUAGUCCAGACCGCAACGUUCCCAUUGUUGCUGUCGAUGGCCUCGUCCAAUUUCGUUGGUUCGACAAAAAAGACUAUUGUCAGCAAUUCUAUGUUCCUGAUUUACUGCGCCAGUAACAUUGGUGGACCACAACUCUUCCGCAGCCAAGAUGCCCCAACAUACACGUACGCUUUCAGAUCAUGGGUCAUCUGCUUUUGCUUGAACGUCGCUGUUGCGGUGGUAAUGGCCAUCAACUUACGCAUCCAAAACAAAAGACAACAGGUCUCUUCAGAUGGCGUUCCUGAGUUCGAGUACUUAUAUUAA